CCAGACUGGACGAGUGUCAGGAGUCUGAUGAGGGCGGACAGGAGAUAAGGAGUGAGGAAAUGAAGAGAGAAAACACUGGCUGAAUGGACCCCCCCUUUAGGACAGGAGGAGUCUCCAGUCCGGCCUGGCCCGGUUGCCGGUGGAGAGACAGAGUGAAGACCCUUGUCGAGCUAACACAGUCCUGAGGACAGGCCUCCAAGGUGCCAGGGGGAGUAGAUGGAGUCAAGGAGGAUGGAGUAUGAUUCUCACGGGGGGAGAAGCAGGAGUCACAGGAGAUAUGAGGAGGAUGAUGAGCCCCAGCCGGUGUACAUCGGAGUACCUGUGUCUCACGGCAACAGACGAAAGCGCCGCAGACAUCGCUCCCACACCAGCGACGCCGACCGUGAGAGGAGACACACACACCACGACGAGCACGGCCACGCGCCGUACGACCCUCGACACGACCGAGACGACCGCUACGAGGAGGAGGAGGAGCAGGAGCAGCUGAACAUCGACUCCACAGUGUCCCCGGCGGCAGAGAGGCUGCGCUACAUCCUGGCAGAUGAUGACGAUGUUCAGACGCCCACCAUCUUCACUGAGAUGGACACGCUCCAACACGAGGGCGGCGAGCUGGAGUGGAAAGAGUCCGCCAGGUGGGUGAAGUUUGAGGAGAAGGUGGAGGAGGGAGGGGAGAGAUGGAGUAAGCCCCAUGUCUCCACCCUGACCUUACACAGUCUGUUUGAGCUGAGAACAUGUCUGCAGACUGGUAGUGUUCUGCUGGAUCUGGAAGGAUACUCCCUUCCACAGAUAGUCGACGACAUUGUGGAGCACCAGAUAGCAGACGGGCUGAUUGGGGAAGAGUUGAGGGAGAAGAUCACCUUUGUGUUGCUGCGGAAACAUCGCCACCAGACCAAGAAGCCCAUGCACCGCUCCCUGGCUGACAUGGGAAAGUCGGCUAACUCCCCGGCCCCUGCCAGUCGUAGUCCUCAGGUGAACUUGAGUCGCUCUCCCAGCUCUGCGUCUGGGAUGAACCGCUCUAUCGAGGACCUGCGCUCGCGCCAGUCAGGCAGCUACGGCCGCCUGCACCACGCUCAGAGCAGAAGCAUGAACGACAUUUCAGACACGCCCAGCAAUGACCAGCUCAAGAACAAGUUCAUGAAGAAGAUCCCACGCGAUGCAGAGGCCUCAAACGUCCUCAUCGGAGAGGUGGACUUCCUAGACAAACCCUUUGUGUCUUUCGUGCGUUUGGCUCAAGCCACGACUCUGGGAGGCCUGACUGAGGUCCCCGUUCCAACCAGGUUUCUGUUCGUCCUGCUGGGUCCUCACGGCAAAGCCAAGGCCUACAAUGAGAUCGGCAGAGCGAUUGCUACGCUCAUGGUGGACGAUCUGUUCAGUGAUGUGGCGUAUAAAGCGAGAGACCGUGAUGAUUUGAUCGCCGGUAUCGACGAGUUCCUGGACGAGGUGAUCGUCCUUCCUCCGGGGGAAUGGGACCCCAAGAUCCGCAUCGAGCCCCCCAAGAAAGUUCCCUCGGCGGACAUGAGGAAGUCUGUGUUAAACCUGAACGAGCUGGGCAAGGUGAACGGCACGGCCGGGGGCGCAGGGGGUGGGGAGGACGAGGAGAUGCCCGCCCCCCACGAACUGGGAGAGGAGCUGGCCUUCACUGGAAGGUUCUGUGGAGGCCUGUGGCUGGACAUCAAGAGGAAGGGGCCGUGGAUCCCCAGCGAUUUCUACGAAGGCUUCCACAUCCAGUCCAUCUCAGCCGUGCUCUUCAUCUACCUGGGCUGCAUCACCAACGCCAUCACCUUUGGAGGGUUGCUAGGAGACGCAACUGACAACUACCAGGGGGUGAUGGAGAGUUUCCUGGGCACGGCUCUGGCAGGGACGGUCUUCUGCCUGUUUGGAGGCCAGCCCCUCAUCAUCCUCAGCUCCACCGGACCCAUCCUCAUCUUCGAGAAGUUGCUCUACGAGUUUAGCAAGUCUAACAACAUAGACUACAUGGAGCUGCGUUUGUGGAUUGGGCUGCAUUCCUGCCUCCAGUGUCUGAUCCUGGUUGCCACGGACGCCAGCUACAUCAUCAAGUACAUCACCCGCUUCACGGAGGAAGGCUUCUCCAGCCUCAUCUCCUUCAUCUUCAUCUCCGACGCCAUCAAGAAGAUGGCGGGAUCUUUCAAGUACUACCCAAUCAACCGUGGCUUCAAGCCAGACUAUGUCACGUCCUACAAGUGUGAAUGCAUCGCUCCGGACCAGGCGGCUGCAAUGGGCUUUAAUGUUUCAGCCCUACUAGCAGACGACAACAUGACUCUGUUGUAUAACCUCACAGGGCUGGACUGGAGUCAGCUAAGCAAGAAGGAGUGUGUGAAGUAUGGAGGUGCCUUGUUGGGGAACUCCUGUAAGUACGUCCCAGACCUGGCCCUCAUGUCCUUCAUCCUGUUCUUCGGCACCUACUCCAUGACCGUGUCCCUCAAGAAGUUCAAGUUCAGCCGCUACUUUCCCACCAAGCUAAGAAAGCUGAUCAGUGAUUUCUCCAUCUUCAUGUCAAUCAUGACCUUUGUGGGUCUGGAUAUGUUGAUGGGGCUCAAAACGCCCAAACUCAUUGUUCCAACAGAGUUCAAGCCCACGCGCCCAGACCGUGGCUGGCUCGUGAUGCCGUUCGGUAAGAACCCAUGGUGGGUCUACGUGGCAAGCUCUGUCCCUGCUCUGCUCGUCACCAUCCUCAUCUUCAUGGAUCAGCAGAUCAGUGCCGUCAUCGUCAACCGCAAAGAAAACAAACUCAAGAAGGGCUGUGGGUACCACCUGGACCUGUUCUGGGUGGGGGUCCUGAUGGCCGUCUGCUCCUUCCUGGGCCUGCCCUGGUACGUGGCUGCCACCGUCAUCUCCAUCGCCCACAUCGACUCUCUGAAGAUGGAGAGUGAGUCCAGUGCUCCUGGGGAGCAGCCCCAGUUCCUGGGGGUCCGGGAGCAGAGACUGACAGGCAUUCUAGUGUUCGUCCUGACUGGAGUGUCCAUCUUCCUGGCUCCGGUCCUACAGUACAUUCCCAUGCCUGUGCUCUAUGGAGUGUUCCUUUACAUGGGCGUGGCUUCCCUCAGUGGCAUCCAGUUCUGGGAGCGUAUCAAGCUGUAUCUGAUGCCAGCCAAGCACCAGCCAGACUUCUCCUUCCUGCGCCACGUUCCUCUCAGACGAGUCCACCUCUUCACCCUGGUCCAGGUCGUCUGUCUGGCUGUCCUCUGGAUCCUCAAGUCCACCAUGGCCGCUAUCAUCUUUCCCAUCAUGAUCCUGGGCCUCAUGGUGGUGAGGAAGAUGCUGGACUUCAUGUUCUCUCAGCACGACCUGGCCUGGCUGGACGACAUCCUGCCGGAGAAGGACAAGAAGAAGGAGGGCGACAAGAAAAACAAGAAGAGCAAAAAGAAAGACAAGAAAGAAGUAGACCCAGAGAGCGACGAGGAGUGUUGCUGAAAAGGACAAGAACCCUUACUCCAGCGUUCCCGACGCCGCCGAGCUGGACCGCAGGUACUGUGUGCUCAAACUGCACGUGCCCUACAGCGACCUGAUGACCCCCCCCGACACACACACCGACUGGGGCGCACACUGCCAGAUGGACAAAUGCUACAACUACUGACCUUAACCUCGCAUCUUUAUACUCAGAUACACAGACACACAUGCACUCCUGUACAGAAUCACCACCCCCAGAUUAAGGCUCAGCCCCUCCACCC